UCCAAUGCACGCGCUGCUGUGCUUAGAGCCAGCGCGGACGGGCGCGCCGGCGGUGUGCGCAGCGUUGAAUCCGAGAACGACCCAACGACGGAGACGCCGGUGACGUCUCCGCCUGUUGCUGCUUGUUCGACGUCGAAGUCGCCAACCCGUGAGGGACUGUACGCGAACGACGUCCUAGCCGAAGCAAGUUCACCUCUUCUCUCUGGCGCUCCCUGUUGCGUCGUUGAGUUUGCCGCCGCCGCCGCUGCUGCAACAGGUGCGGCCGCCACUGGCAGCGACAACGGCCACCGGAGUUACGACGCGAUUACGUUGAGGAGUCAGCUGACGAACCUGCGCCGCAGUUCCUGCUACCGUUGUGGAUUCCCCGGAUCUGCUAUGCUUCUGGUGCCUCCCCGGUGAGACGAGUGCGGGCCGCCCAACGGAGACCCCGGGUUUGGCGGCGUGUUUUUCCUGAGGACUAUGCACUAUCGCCGCUAUGCUUACAACUAUGACACGGCCGACCUGUUGGCGACGCCCGGCGUGCCGUGGCAAGCCAUCUGCCGCAGCAAGAUGUGCGUCAAGACGUUCUUCUUCGCCACGGCCACUUUCCUGCUGGGCAUGGUGUUUCUGGUCACCAUGCGCCUCUCGCUACACGAUCAGCGGGUCACCGUCGACGACUACGACCUGCCGCCGUCGCUGGACGGGUGGAAGGUGCAGGCGUUGUGCCAGGGACCCCCGCUGGACGUUCUAUUUUUCGUGCACACCGCCUCCGAGCAUACGUCCCAUCGACAGUUCCUUCGCGACACCCUCGGCGAUCCGAUGGUUAGCGAGCAGCUCAACUCCGCCAUGGUCUUCUUCGUGGGCCAGUCCAAGAACCUCACUGUGCGUCGCGCCAUCCAAGAAGAGGCCCGCAGUGUCGGUGACGUGGUCGUGUUCCCGUUCGUGGACACGUACCGCAACCUGACCUACAAGUUCGUCUACGGGCUCAAGUGGGCCAACGACAACUGCCGCGAGUCGGUGCGAUUCGUGGUGAAAAUCGACGAUGACGCUCUGGUCAACGUGUUCCUGCUCGCCGACUACCUCAAGAACAUCACCGGCCCCACCGCGGAAACCAGCGUCCACUGCCUCGCCUGGAAGCGGACGCCCGUUGUGCGCAACCGCAGGUCUAAGUGGUACGUCACCCGUCAGGAGUACGCGGCCCGUACGUACCCCACCUACUGUGGCGGUCUGGGAUUCAUCCUGCCCGUGCGCACGCUGCCCAUGCUCUUCAACGCGUCGCGACAAGCGAGCUUCCUCUGGAUAGACGACGUCUACUCGACGGGUAUCCUGGCCAAGGUGGCCGGCGUGGGUCACGUACAACUGCGUCAGUACUACGACCUCUUUCCGAACGAGACGGCGCCCACAGUUAGGCCUAGGGCCAUGUUCACCCACCUGGGAACGGCCAGCAUCGUCGAACAUCGGUACAGGCUGUGGGACGAUAUAAUGCAGAUGCACAACACGAGUUCGAGAUCAGAAGGGUCGGGCGGAUAGUGCCUGAGGAGUUCCUUACCCAACUAAUUAAUUCGCGCCCGGCUUUUGGGUCUGAACUGCGCCUAGGGCGAAAGCCCGAGCCCGGCAAGUGAGAACCCGGACUCCCCGGAACAGUCUAGUCUGGAGCUUCACGUCGGGGCACAAUGGUUCUCAGUGUUCACUGAGGCUGUACUCCGUGAUCGGUAUCGCAGGUCAAACGUCUCCGAUCACCGCUUCUGGGAAGAUGCAGAGAGAGUUCAACGGUAGGUUCCUAAACAAGUGAGAGGCCAGCGACAACGCCUCGGCAACGCUGCGCAGCAGCAUGCUUCGACGUCCGUGCUCCCCAAAGCCGUGAAUGGUGCCCGUUUGUGUGCUGUACGUGUGCCUAAUAUAAGCAGCGUCGUAGAGACGUUUAUUCACCGAACUACCCCGAUGAAUUUUUCUGCCGUCGCACCGUGUGCAGUGCUGUGUGUUGCAGUGCUUACACCUGUUACGCCAAUCUAACGAAUGUUCCGGUUACAAGCUAAGUGCUGAAGACAAUGACCGCUUGAUGAUUCUUGCGAUGCGCGGUUCCUGUGGAUUGUUCCUUUCGUGGUACCCAAAGAAAGUCAACGGGGUGGGACUUUGUAGCCAUGGUCACAAGCUGCGUAAACGCAUCCUUGCAUAUAUGUGUGUGUAUGUGUUUCGCGCUCCAAAGCGUUGUGACUUUACGCGUUGCUGUGGUCUCGUCGUGAUGCAUUCUGUGCUGUGUGAAUAGUGCCCAGCACGUCGCAUCUCAUCCUGUCGAAGUUUGCAGCACAGCGAGGCACUGGUUUUGCACGACGCGAAGUGCUUGCAAAGAGUCAGCUGAGCUUCUCAGCGUUAAUACCGAAUUGUCAAUUCGCGAUCAAGCCCACCGCCUAUAUAUUACUACGUUUUUACGCAAAGCAUCGCGAAUCAUUUACGAGUCUACACACGCAAAGCGUGUUAAGUUAAUGUCUCGUGAACGUUGGUUGUUCAUUUCGUAAAUGUAGCGCAGAUAUUUAUACGCCCGUACGUUAUAGUAUUUUGUUCAUUACCAUUUUAUGAGAGUCUACUUGAAACGUCGCUCGAAGAGCCCUACUAUGUCCGCAUAAAAAUAUUUUACGCUUUCCCAGGCAUUUUGAAAAUGUUCGGUUUAUCCUUGUGACUGUUGUCUAUCCUCUUGUUGCAGAAGCCUUGCUAAUCUGAAAAUCGAACGUCAAGGCAACGUGGUUGAUCUCGAUCCAAUAAGCCUAGUCGGCACAUUUCCUAGUCAUGGAUGCACAACGGGUUACAAUAUUUACGAAAAGUGCAGCAGGGCAUUUCGUAUACACUUUUUUAAGGGAACAGAGCUGCAAACCGUCUGUAUUGUUUCUUCAUAACAGCGAUGGUAGUCAGUCAUUCCUCUUAUUAAGGUCACCUGCAAUGAAAUUUCAGUUUGGCUAAGUUUGCUAACAAUGGUCAAAGUGAAUACUGCUGAAAAAAACAUUGGCGAAAUUCAAGGGUUGCGGCUGUUAAAUAGCGCCUAAACCGACGGCGCGUGCAGUUGAGAUGACUGUUGGACGUGACGUAAGUUCUGGCACGUGGCAUCUGAGCUAAUCAGGCUCCUAGGUACGGCCUUCAAGAUGCUCAGCUCAUCGCGGGCCCCUCCUAUAAUCUCGGAGGUCAUGCCGCGCAACUGAUCAGUCAGGCACGCUUCUCAACGACCUGGUUUGUGUCGUUAAGGGACAUGCCGCGAUGUUUUUCAGUUUGGCUAUUGAAAUCUUCGUAUAUAGCUUGGUCCUUGAGACGCAUCCGUUAUUGCAUUGCAAUCUUAAAGUUUUGAACUGCAUACGCCAUAUCGACGCCAUUUUGAACACGGAUUUUUAUGCGGUAUGAAACUUAGUUGCAGUUGGCCGUUGAUAACUUCAUGACCAUGUCUUUUUUGUCGAAUUUGAAGAGUGCCUCUAAAGAGCUAGGCGAUUAAGCUGGCGUUACAGCAGUGUUGAAGCGUCGAAUGAGUUUGAUGUCAUCUAAUAAAGUAUAUUUUUAUUUUUA